AUGAGCUUCAUCAUAGUCUACGUAGAUGACAUCAUAGUUGCGAGCGACUCAGAAGCUGAGCUGAGCGAGAUCAAGUACCUUAUAUCGAAGAGGUACGAUGUUGUCGAUGGCGGCAUCCUGAAACAUUUCCUAGGAAUGGAAUUUGAGCGAGAUGGCGAAGUUGGCAGUGUUCGAGUGGGUCAUAAGCAGUACAUAGAGGCCUUAUUGGAGGACUACGGGAUGCAAAACUGUAAGGCAUCCAAUCUACCCCUCGAAGCUGGCUACCAAGUUCGAUGCAGCAAGAAGGAGUGCAUGAGAGCGAAUCAGGUUGAGUACCAGUCCCUGAUAGGCUCGCUCAUGUAUUUGGCUAUAACUACGAGGCCAGAUAUACUACAUUCCGUGGCGAAGCUUGCGCAACGGAACUCGGAUCCUCAUCAAGAGCACAUGGUGUGUGCCAAGCGUGUCUUGAGGUACCUACAGGGUACGAAGACGUUCCAGUUAAACUAUCAGCGAACUGGACAGGCUGUCUACUGUUAUGUGGACGCCGACUGGGCUGGAGAUGACAGCGACCGGAAGUCAUUCACUGGCUGGACAUUUUUGGUAGCAGGCGCAGCCAUCAAUUGGGAGUCCAAGAAGCAGCCCGUGGUAGCUCUCAGUACCACAGAAGCCGAGUAUAUAGCACUUUCUUCAGCGGCAAAGGAAGCAGUAUAUAUCCGUAAGCUUUGGA